AUGCAUGGAAUAACACCAGAAUCGAGCAACUGCCAAGCAGAAGGCUACAUCUCCCUCGAACUAUCCAACAAGGGCACAUACAUGAAUGCCUCCAUCCUCGGCGUCCAUGAAUGUGGCAUAAUCAAACAGUUUCCUCCAAGCCUCGAAGAGUUCCGUCGGAGUCUAAGAAGCCGACGCAUCUACCGGGCACAAGACACAGAUUUGAUGGAGCAAGUCGAACACCAAUGCGAUGAGAUAGGUAUCAAGUUUGAAGACUACUUCCAACCAGAAGGUUUGACGAAUCCGAUUGAUAAAAGUGGUCUUCUCGGGAAGGCCGAAGCACGGUACUACUCCGACAUACUUAGAGAGCCCGAAUACCUCAGUUUAGCAUACUACAAGACCGCCAAAGAAACCGUGUUGACUCUCUGCUCGCCAAGCUUAUGCAUUCAAACGACAGCUCUCCCGCCUCCCAGUGUGAAUACCUCUUUAACGCAUCCUGGAAUGUUUCCAUCGUGGCAAGACUGCGUGACCCGAAUAGUUGUGUCCAAACGACUCCAAGAAGCCACAUGCUUCUCAACACCGAUCGAUUACCCAUGGUAA